ACAAGCAUAUGCUACAGAACCAUAAGGCGCGUAUUUGUAGUUUGGAUGCGCCAUGUCGAACUUGAAAGAUUUUGAGAAAAUUGAAAAAGUUGGUGAGGGAACAUAUGGAGUUGUUUAUAAAGCGGAAGAUAAAGUAUCCAGAAGAAUUGUUGCUUUGAAAAAAAUUCGAUUAAAAGCUGAAACGGAUGGUGUUCCAAGCACCGCUUUGCGAGAAAUUAGCUUACUGAAAGAACUCGAUCAUCCAAAUAUUGUUCUGCUUGAAGAUGUUGUAUAUUGUGACCAUAAACUUUACCUCGUAUUCGAAUAUUUAGAUUUUGAUUUAAAAAAGUUUUUAGAUCAACACACUGUGAACGGUCUUUCGUUAAACAAAGCGAAAAGCUAUCUUCAUCAAUUACUACAGGCUAUUGGAUACUGCCAUUCCCGCAGAAUAUUGCAUCGUGAUCUGAAACCCCAAAAUUUGUUGUUGGAUAGGAAAGGAAAUAUUAAACUAGCUGACUUUGGUUUAGCUAGAGGAUUUGCUUUACCCGUCAAAGCUUAUACUCAUGAAAUCGUGACAUUAUGGUAUAGAGCACCAGAAGUCCUCUUAGGAACUAAAGAAUAUACGACAGCUGUAGAUAUUUGGAGCUUAGGUUGUAUUUUUGCUGAAAUGCUCACAAAACGAGCUUUAUUUUCUGGAGACUCUGAAAUUGAUCAACUAUUUCGAGUUUUUCGAACUCUAGGUACUCCAGAUGAGAAUAGUUGGCCAGGUUGCUCAAAACUACCUGACUAUAAACCAACGUUCCCCAAAUGGGCUCCUCAAGAUAUCGGUACUAUAUUGCCUAUGCUGAAUUUAGAAGGACAGGAACUUUUAUUAAAAUUGCUGACCUAUGAUCCUGAAGCCCGGAUUUCAGCUAGGUUAGCUCUCAGUCAUUCCUUUUUCAAUGAUAUAUCCAAUCAUGCCUUGUAAUUUAUUUAUAUGAAUUUACCUCAUAUCUGGAAUUAUAACAGGAGGUAUGUGAUAUGUGAAUUUCUACUAUUUAUGUAGAAAUUGUCAUUAAAUAUAUUUAUAAACUAACUAAAGGCAGCAUAUAAAUAAAUACAUGAAUUUUUUUA